UUUGGAGCACAUCCAUUAAAUAGCAAUCGGCGACAGACGCUGGGUCCGUUGGAUAAAUUAAAUUUUCACUUUUCACGAAGAUCGAACUUCAAUCUUCUCCACCAGAAACACCAUCAAGUGACCAAUGCGGCCUUCGAUACAGAUGAAUCUGAGUCAGCAUCUACGCACGUAACUUCUGUUCAUCAACAGGUUUCACCUCUCCCUGGAGACGCAGUUAGUCCCCAACCUCAAUCCAUUACCACCACAUAUCCACCAAUUCUUCAGAUCAAUGAAAUCGAGGCUCACGAUAUGGAUGAGCAUUCGGAAGUGAUGGAAAGUUGUUACAGUGCGGAGGGUGACACGGAAGAUAUUGAAACACCAGUCAAAAAAAAGAGACGGAGAAGGAAAAGGACUCCUGAUGUCGCUUCAGUUUACCCACGAUCUUCAGAGGCACUUUCAGCUGUGGCAACUUCUGUUAAUAGUACUUGCGGAUUGGUGCGCAGAAACUCAUACUGUCCUACACGGUUGAUGCCUCCGGACACAGAACAGCUCCUAGUGCCUGAAAGGAAAGCCAGAAGUGAAAAUGGGAGUCAACUUACGAUUAUCAGAACUUCAAGUGAACGACGGUUCUAUGUGAGUCAUGUGACUUCGUCGAAUCCACUUGACGUAGUGAAAUCGAGCAAACCCUUGAGCGGUUCUGUGGCGGUAUUAUAG